CAGAAGAAGAAGUCACAGGCGGGGCAGCGAACGUAGACGCGUGCCUCGCCGCCCAAAGUCAUGGACACGACCGCAGAGGCCCGCGCCGACUGCCCAGAAAAUGAAGGACGGAGGCGCUCUAACUGUUCGCACGUCAAAGGCCACGUAUUGAAAGCCGUGCUAGGCGUCGCAGCCGUGGUGUCAUCAAUAUCAGGCUUCCGAGCACUAAAGCACGGAAAGUGGAGCAACUUUUCCGACUCGGCGACAUCGGCGGCGGCGCAACGUGGCUUCACAAGCCAAGCACAAUUGGACUCAAACGCGAGGACAUUCCUGUGCGUGGCAUCUCUGAGGACAUCGUAUGCGGCCCAGAUCCCCAGCAACUUUUGCACUUACCUGGUCUACACCGACGUCUACUUCAAUCCGCGGGCGGACUCUUUUAGCCCUGUGAACGAGGCGACUCUGUCGGCGUUCGAGAAUGCAUCGAGCAGCACGGGUGCGCGCGUACUGGCGGCCGUGGGGAGCCCCUCGCUGCCAGAGCUCGCCCAGUCGGCUUCGCUGGUUCGCCGCGUCGGCGAGGCUGCCACCCGCUGGCUGGUCGCCAGGGGAUUCUGCGGCCUCGCGUUCGUCAACCUCCGCACCACCACAGACAAGCUCGAAGAACUGGCCGGGCCAUUGGAGGAGCUACAAAGCAUGCUGAGUUCAUCCAAGCUGGAAAUCGCCCUCUCUAUUUCACUGAGGGACUGGCUGUCGCCGAGUGCCAUGAUCUCGACGAGGCUUUACUCGAUAGCGCAGCACGUAAAUCUGCUCGUUCUUCAAACGCACUACUUCAAGGAGGAGUCGAAAUGCAAGACUGGCUUCCCUACCGUUUAUUCCGCGAGCCGAGAAGAACCUGUGACAGUGCCUAUCACGAGCGCCCUCGGCUGGAUAAACACGCUGAAAGAAGAUUUCAAAGUGCAUGCCAGCGUCUGCUUCUCUCUGAGCCUAGGAGUGCUUGUCUUCACGGGAGCAUCGACGAUACCGUCGGAGUGCCGAGGCGUUCGCCAAAGAGGCUACCACACGGUGUGCGACGACAAGCGGUGGGAGAGGGUUCUGCCAUUCAGCCCGCACGGUGGUGCCUCUAUCAGCAGGAAAAACGACGAGCUAGCUGCUUACGAAGAAGCCACCAUCGGUGCUAAAAAGGUAAACACGGCGAUCCAGAAGACGGCGUCAGCCUGCAUAGCUGUUUUCGACGUUGACAUGGAUGACUACGAAGGCGUCUGCGGCGCUCCUUUUGCGAGGCUCCAUUCUCUGCACAGAGCGAUAUCGCUCCACGAGACAAGAGAAGAGCUUAAUCGCACCACAAGCGCACAUGUUCCGAUGCCGGAACUUGGGCCCCAGCCAAAGAAGUGCGGUCCGCGAAAGGGAGACAGACGGCCGCUGCUGUGCAUCCUGUCGGAGCGGACCGACCGUCGGCGGACCGUGUCCCGAGAGCUCUGCACCCAUUUCGUCUACUCGCUGCGACACAUGGAGUACGCCGCCGCCCUGCGAUCUCUCUCGUCAGCCGUGAUUGAGGACUUCUCGGGCGCGGACGUCCCGCUGCUGGUGGCGCUGGACGAGCGCGCGCUGGAGCGCGUUCCCAGCCACGAGCUGGCGCAGCAGACGUCGGCGCUGUUCCGCCGCUACGGGCUGCUCGGGCUGGCGCUGCUCUACGUGGCGAUGCCCGUCGUCGACGCGGCGCUGCUGCCGGCACUCGUGAUGCUUCACACUACUUACAAGGAGGACGACCUGUGUCUUCUGUUCAGCGUUCAAGUGCUGACCGAUGCUGAUGACACCGCAGUCAUUGUUCCGAGCAUCAGACAAAUAGCUAGAUUCACCGACAUGAUCGUGCUCAACUCGCACUACCCGGGAUUCGUCGGUCCCUGCCGGGUCAUGCCCGCGUCGACACUUCACGAGGAAAGGAGGACAUGCAUACCAACCUUGCCAAUGGACACGGCUGCUGAAUGGUUGAGACAGGUCGAAGAGCAAAAUCCGCAGGGGCCGUUGUUGUUCGUGUCCGUAGACAUGAGAGCCUAUCGGUACCGCGUCUACCAACGCCCUGCUUUGGAGGCGUCCUGCAACCUAGAGGAGCACGUCGAAUACUCGCAGGUCUGUAACACGACCGGCUGGAGACAGUUAGAGGUCCCCGCGACUGCGACCACCGUCACUGUCAAGGGCAGCGAAGUUCUGUCUUUUGAGACGCCGGAGUCGAUGAUGACUGCGGCACUGACUGUUCGGAGGGCCUCACGAAGCGGCUCCGUGGCCGUCUUCAACGCGGACUUCGAGGACUGGCGGGGAAGCUGUCACGGAAAGCCGUAUCCGCGUCUGACAGCGCUGCAGCAGGCACUGGACAGCGCCGAAAUUGAUCUACCAGUCACUGUAGAACAAGGAAGCGGAAACAGAAGCCGCGAAUUGGUCUUUGAGGACGACGAGACAGCUAUUGGCAGGCCACUGGUGUGCGUGGUGUCCGGUGAACUGUACGACAACAGUCAAGUGCCGGACCGGCUGUGCACGCACAUUGUCCACCCUGGGCUCUCCAUCGACUUGAGGGAGCGGACAGUGUUCCUUUCUGAUCGUGCCCUUAGGCUGGCCUGGUCCCUCAAGCACGCUCGCCAUCUGGCAGCCCUUGUCGGCGAUGGCUCGUCAACCCUCGUGGCUCACUUGGAGCGGUCGGGUCCACGUGCGGCGGCGUAUGUUGCGCUGCAGGCGGCCGGCUUCCUGCGUAGGCACGCGCUGCACGGUCUCGCUCUGCUGCAUCUGGCACGGACCACGAUCGCGCUCGUCAAGUUCGCCCAAAUCUUUCACGCAAUGCGGUCCGUGUUUCAAGCAGAUCUACAAAUAAUGCUCAGCGUCGAAGUUUUAGACAUACACGUACCUUCAAAGUUGCUUACGAAACGGCUGAAGGACCUCGUAAAGGAAGUCGAUAUAUUCGUUUUCGAGACACACUUCUACCACAGCCGCGGUUACUGCCAGAUGGAGCCGCCGUCGAGUUUUGAAGCGCCGAAAAAAGCGUUCACCGUUUCCAUGAGUACGGCCAUGUCAUGGAUGGAAGCCCUAAACCAGAGCCAUAGUAUUUGUCUUUCAGUGAACAUGGCUGUUUUGCAAUUCACGUCAACUAACGAUCGACCAUCGUGCGAACGCAGGAGCGACGUUGGCUACAGCGAGAUCUGUGACAGCAGAGAUUGGAAAAUUAUGGCUUCCAACUUCUCCAGCUCUAUGUCACGCCGCAAGGAGACCAUCUGGCAGUUCUACGAAGAACCUAAGCUCCUAAAGCACAAAGUUUCCAAAGUGAUAGCUCGUCAGCCCAUGGCAUGUGUGGUGGCGUUCAACAUCGACUACGAAGACUACAAACCGACCUGCGGAAGCACCAGCUUUCCCAGACUGGCUGCAAUAGAUGAAGCUUAUAACCAGGCAGACGGGAACGUGAGUGACGUGCGUGUUCUUCAGAACAGUCCCUAUAAUGAAAACGCCAUAAAGGACAUAUUCCGCAUGACAGGCUACCUGAACUCGAGAAGGCGGUGGCCUAUGGGCGUGAAGCAAAACUUUGCGCCUCCCAAGCCUAUUUCGCACGGAAGCAACGAGUCUCACUCGAGGUCCACGCACCGGCCAUUCGUCUGUGUGGUGAGCUCCUCUUGGUCGCAGCUGCACGCGCUGCCUCGUCGACAUUGCACCCACUACGUGUUCGACCCUGAAGACUGGGACCACACCGGUGCAACUUCAGCACUAAAUGUGUCAGACGUGAAAGAAUACGUGGGCUCCAGAAGUAAGUUUCUAUUUCGCCUACAUCCUUCGUUCGACGAAGACGAAGGCGCUUUUAAAGGGAUUGUGAAACGCCUCACCGUUAAUGGCUUUGACGGUGUGGCAAUUGUUGAACAAAAGUUUUUCUCGACGGAGUUGCCUGCCCUUACGAUAUUUGUGAAGCUUCUAAAAAGAAGACUCCUUGCUCAGCACUCAAUUAUUCUCGGAGUAGAGGUUCAGGAUUACGACGAGGAUCCAACCCUUGUCCUAAAGCGCUUCACCUUACUUUUCACGCUUUCUGAAGUCGUCAUUCUUCAGACCCACUUCACGCGGUCGUGGUCGUUUUGCAAGACAGCGUACCCUUCAAUGUACACCGAUAGGGGCGAUGGUUGUAGUCAGAGCGUUCCUAUGAAAACCGCGCUAGGCUGGGCUCUUGCUGCGACAGAGGUGGUCCCAGUGUGCAUUUCGGUCACCAUGGCAACCCAUGGCUUCCGAGUCACCAGUCCAAGGCCCGUUGGAUCCUCGUGUCUCACGUCAACGGAGCAGCUUCCAGUGUGCGGCAAAGAGGGUUCGGAGACUCAGGAUGAUCGCCUUGGCGCGGCGUACCGCUACGUCGAUGAAGAGUGGCUUUCGUAUGAAACGGAACAUCUGUUGGCCACGAAGAUGCGGGCAGCCAGGACGCUACACCCAUCAUUCUGCGUAGCCGUGUUCAAUGUUGACUACGACGCGCCUGGAACGCAAUGUCCAAGAAAGCGGGCGAUGCCCUUUGUUCACCUGGACGCCAUCGCUGAGGGAGCAGGUUACAAGAAAAGUAAAGGCGACGAGAAGAGAGCACCCGAUAGCAAGUACAUCGACGUGGACUAUGGCAACGAACCUCCGACGCUCGUCUGCGUCGUAUCCGAUGACAAUAACCACGACGUGCCGCACCUACCGGAAGGAGGAUGCGACUACUUCGUCUACCAGAGCGUCGUCUACAAGGACGAUACAUUCGUGCCUCGCUCCAAGAAGACGGAGUUCUUCAAGCGCUUCGCGUCUGCGAAGUUGCGGAACGAGGCAGCAAAGUACCUGGUUGCCCUGGACGCUGGGGAGUUCAUGCAGCGCUAUGCGAGCGGCGUUCAAGAAGACGACUGGUUCGCGCGCUUCGUGGGUCAGCUGGUGAUUUUCCUGGGGGAGCACUCAAUGGAUGGCGUGGCCGUGGUCGAGCUGCCUCUCACCUUGGCCGAGCUGGAUCGAGUGGCGCCGUCGCUGGCGGCCGUGCGCCGCUACACGGCCCACUUCGGCUACCUGUAUUUGCUGGGCGUGACCCUGCGGGAUUCCGGAAACGCCAGCAUCCCUGCCGCGCUGCCACGGAUCUCCGCACUGUCCAGGUUGGCCGAUGUACUGGUUCUCGAGAGUCACCUGGUUGCAGGAGCGGCACCCGGCGCCCCUCAAGCGAGCGGUGUCAAGAACGGCAGCUGCACCGUCCGCUUUCCCAGUUCAGCGCACGGAUCCACACUGGGUGGCGGGCCCGGCAUGUCGCUGGACGAGGCUGGUCGCAUUCUGCGCCGACUCGAGCGUUAUUAUUCCGCUAAGGAAGAAGGGGAGCACGGAGAAAGCGAGGCGCUUCUUUGUUUCUCGCUCAGCCUGGCCGCCUUCCGGUUUCGCAUGGACAACGACACCAAGGGCGGACCUGGUCAUUCCUGCACUGGCGUCGACAUGCUGCCAUUCCGUGAGACCUGUAUGUCUCCCAAGAAUAAGAGCUGGUCCGAAGAAAUUGUCUCUCAGACUGCGCGCUCGUCUUAUCGUGUGGCUCCAGGCGAAGUUAUCACCUUUGACUCGGUCAACGACAUCGAACACAAACUGCUAUCCACCGUGCAUGGACUCACUUGCGGAGCCGUGUACGCCGUCAACUUUGACGAGUUGGAGUCCGCGUGUUCAGCUUCGGCUGGGACCAAGCCAUUCCCCCGCCUACAAGCCGUGAUCAACAGCAUUGCCGUCGCGUCCACAGCCGAAGAGGAGGAGUUUGGUGACUCGGCAACGCUGUCAGUUUCGCCUGUGAAGACGACAGACGACCCAAGCCGCUUGGGUCGACAGACGACCCAAGCGGCAAAUACGACCGGAGAAGGGACGACAGCCAGUGCCGCGGCGCUGAAAUCUGCAAAUGAGGGCGAGAAGAGGCUGAUCUGCACGGUGGCCAACGUGACGGACGAGUUUCUGCAGUCCGACGUCUGGAAAGCCUGCAGCCACCUUGUGUUUAUGAGCCUCAGCUACGACCGCAACUCGUCUGGCCUGUUUUCUAAAGAUGAGGAGAGCCUCAAGGCUUUUCUCGCACUGAGGAACGAGUCGAAGGUGAAGCUUGCCGUGGAGCUGGACACUGCGGAGUUCCUGGAAUCCCAGGUGAAUGCCGAGACGGAGCAAUUUCCAGUGGCGACGCUCUUCUGGAUGCACAAUCACGGCCUGGAGAGGCUGGCGCUGUUCUUUAGAAACUCGGACUACACUGAGGCGCACCAGAAACGACUCAUAUCGCUGAUCAAGAUGAUCCGCACAAGUCUGCGGACGGUGUUGACAGAUCAGAUUAAAGAGAUCAUCGUAGCCGUGCCGCUACAAAGGAACGUUCCUGUCACAGAGCUGCUACAAUACGCCGAUACCAUCAUCUACAUCGCACACCAUUCAGUUCCAAGCGAGAAUUGCGUGGUCGUUUUCCCAUCUACGUUCGGAGCUAAUUACAGCUUCUCCGAUAUGGAACGGGCUGACCUGUUGCCCUCUGGUGUCACGGGCGCCGUCAGAACGAAGCGCUUCUGCGUCUCCGUCAGCAUGGCCGUGCUUCGCUUUCUUCUCAGUGAACACAUCUCCAGCGUGGCUAACAGCACGUGCAUUGGCGAGAGCUGGGUCUCCUACGACCAGAUCUGUCUUGAAGGGGAAGCGACAGCGACGUACAACGCAGACACUAUGGCCGUUCUAAAGCAAGACGACGGCUACGCUUUUACAUUUGAAAGCGAAGAAUCCCUCCACCUUAAGGCCCGGCAUAUCGUGGACCUACUCGGAGCCAAAGCCUGCGUGGCUGCGUUCCACGUGGAGUACGAUGCAGGUCGCAACGCAUGUGCUUCCCUGAAGCAUUCCAACUCCCGUCUGGUCGAGUUGGCUUCGGCAUUACACGAUAAAGAACACAAGGUCACUACUGCAAAGCUGUCACCGAAAGGUUCGAUACAUCCGCACCGCGAAGGACGCAUGGGCCAGGCUCCUCUGCAUGGCGGAUUUCUGAUCUGCAUCUUGUCUGAGAAGCCUCCGAGCCCUAUUCAGCUUCCGCAACGAGCUUGCAGCCUCACGGUAUACCAGCAUGUCUUUUACGACAGGACUACUGACCGCGUCUUGCCCAGGGAUGGCGCCUCGUUUCGCGACUUCGUGGAGCUGAGCAAGCGCGACGUCAGUUCUCGUCUGGCGGGCGCGUUCGACGACGUGGGCUUCACGGUUCCGUGGGCGAAAGACCACCUCUACCCGGGCCGCUUCGCCCGUUCGGUGGCAUCGUGGUGUCGCGACCAUGCGCUGCACGCCGUCGCUUUCCUGCCACUCAACUUCAGCGCCCUUCAACGCGCCGAGGCGUCCAUCCGGGCACUGAAUAAUAUGAGCACUGUAAGACCUCUGGUCGUCUUGGGAAUGCCCCGAACCGACGACCAACCUAUCCUAAAUCGGUUUGCGCCACACGUGGACGUAAUCGUGUUUAUUACCCACUACAUCGGUCCUUCCAAGCCGUGCCGUGUCACCUUUCCGUCAAGCCGCAUGAAGAUGAUCGACAGCUCCAUCUUCUUGAGGCAGAUAGCGGAGCUGACCAACCAGUUGGUGCGCAUUCACCGCCACCUAGCCGGCGUGUGCGUGGCGGCUAAUCUGGCGGUGCUCAAGUUCUCGCUCCUUCCAAGGCAGUCGGACCUGGACGACGAGAGCUGCAUCGACGAGGAGCGAGUCAACUACGCGCAGGUGUGCAGUUGGGAGGGAAACGUCGAGUACGAUACUGUGUCGUCCGCCGUGCUUUCGAGGAAACACGGUGACGUGCUGACCUACGAGAAUGAGUACAGCCUCGAGACAAAGGCCCGGUCCUACAUGUCUUACACACCGCUAGGCUGCGUAGCAGCCUUCAACGCUGAUUACGAGGACCCGCGAGGAACAUGCCGACAGCCCUUCUCGCGCUUGGGAGCGCUUGACAACGUGCUCGGCAAAAGGAACCGUUCGCGAGCAGCGGAGCCUGGAACGUCGCGCAGAGGCAGACUCAUUUGCGUCCCUUCGUCGACUCACCGCGCCAGUGUCGACUUUCCGUUCUCACAGUGCGACAUCUUCGUGGACGGCGAAGUGGAGUACCUCUACAACAACAUCAUCAAGAGCAGCAGCUACAAAGCGAACCUACAAGGUCGGCUGCUGGAUGCGAAGCUCAACUGGACGUGCUUUGUGGUAUCCAUCGAUGCUGGCAAAGUACUGGACGAUCUCGCGGACAGCCCAGCGGCGAGGGCGAAAAUAAUUUCGUUCAUCACAAACUGGCUCUCCAGCGAAGGCCUUUGCGGACUGGCGGUGAAAGAAACGGCGAGGACGCAGCCCGUGCGUGGUCUCGCCAAGUUUCUCCAAGAGCUCUCCGAUGAGUUUAGCGAACGAAAUCCCAAACCGGUUCUCAUUCUGCUUGUCUCCGCAUUUGAGCAUGAGGGCCGGCUCAAGGAACUUGGAAAAUACCCCGACUUUCUGGUCCUCACGAACGAAGUGCCGAACGAGUCCAAAGACUGCAAGCUUCAUGGCACAAUGACCGCGGCAACGGACGUGGCGCUGAAGCUUUCGAUGGGCCGCCUGUUGGAGCUGUCCGACACCCUGGGUACCAAGGGCGGCGUGUGCUUCUCGACGACGCUGGCUGUGUAUCGGUACCGGCUGCACCAGGGACUGCACGGUGCCGGAGAGAGCUGCCGGCGCAUGGCCGAGACCACCUUCGGCGAGGCUUGUCCUCCAGAAGAAUCUGCUCGCUUGGUCGAGGUGUCCUCCAUGACCUCCUACACAUACAACAAGUCCCACUUGCUCGCAUUUGAAGAUGAACGGAGCCUCCGCAUCAAGACGGACACGUUCUUGAGCCGCUAUCAGCGCGGCUGCGUGGCGGUGUUCGGCGCUGACAUGGACACUGCAGCGAGCGGCUGCAACGACACUCGGAACUUCGCGCGCCUCAAAACGCUUCGCUCCCUCCUGGAAUGGACAGCAAUGCCCGAGCUCUCUUCGCUUCAGCCGUAACUGAUGAAACAAGAGAACGCAGCACUAAAAAGAAAAUGUAAAUAAUAAUAAAGGCGCUGCCUUGCAGAAGUGUUACCAA